AUGGGCAAGUUGAGACCUCGAUUCAUUGAGCCUUAUUGGGUUCUUAAGCGAGUAGGUCCAGUGGCUUACCAAUUGGAAUUACCUCUAGAGUUAGACAGGAUUCACAAAAUUUUUCACGUCUUCAUGUUAAGGCGAUAUCAUUCUGACCCUACUCAUGUCGUGCCAAUUGCAGAGAUUGAAGUGCAGCCUGAUUUGACUUUCGAGGAAGAGCCUGUACAGAUAUUGGAUCGAGAUGUUAAGGUUCUAAGAAGGAAGUCAGUUCCAUUGGUAAAGGUACUCUGGCGAAUGGUAUGUGAUGGAACUCAGGUGGAACUCUAUCAGGAAGAGUUUGAGUUGUUCAAGGGAUUGAGUAAAGGAGAGAUAAGGGGAGAAAAUCAAGGAGUCUGA